CACAGUCAUGGCCGCCCUCAGUAAAAUACCGCACAACUGCUACGAGAUAGGUCACACCUGGAACCCGUCGUGUGCGCUGUCGGCUCUGGAAGUCACCAGAGGAGCACUGGAGGUGUCCUUCAAAAUAUACGCGCCGCUUUACCUGAUAGCAGCCAUUUUAAGGCGAAGGAAGAAGGAGUACUAUUUGAAAAAGCUCCUCCCUGAGAUCCUGCUUUCUACCUCUUUCCUCACAGCCAAUGGAGGUCUCUAUAUUGUUUUCUUCUGCAUUCUCAGGAAACUACUUGGAGGAUUUUACUUCUGGUCAGUUGGGUUUGGGGCAGCACUGCCUGCCUCCUAUAUCUCCAUCCUCAUAGAGCGCAAAAGCAGGAGAGGCCUGCUGACAAUAUAUAUGACAAAUCUGGCCACGGAGACCUUGUUCCGGAUGGCUGUGAUGCGCGGCAUUGUCAAACCCCUCAAACAUGGAGAGGUGCUCUUGUUCUGCAUAACUGCAUCCCUCUACAUGUUCUUCUUUAGGUCAAAAGAUGGUCUCAAAGGCUUUACGUUCUCAGCAUUAAAGUUCAUUGUUGGGAAGGAGGAGAUUCCCACUCAUUCCGCUGCAGUAGAACAGAGCCACCCUGUGCCCGUAGAGAGGAUAGCCGCCAUCGUUGCCGAGGACUCUCAGGGGUCAACAGGACGCCCCGGCUCUAGUAGGAAAACCCUGCUUGACCUCACUAAAGAGUUGCUAGAAUCAGUAUGCAAGCGUGGUCCAAGACAUAGAUGUUGCAAACACUAUCAGGACAACUGCAUCUCCUACUGUGUAAAAGGUUUUGUCAGAAUGUUCAGCGUGGGCUACCUGAUUCAGUGUUGUCUGAAAGUGCCCUCAGCAUUCAGACAGAUGUUCUCCAAGCCUUCCCGUCUCCCCUCGCUCUUCUACAACAAAGAGAACUUCCAGCUAGGGGCCUUCCUCGGCUCUUUCGUCAGUAUAUACAAGGGAACCAGCUGUCUCCUCCGUUGGGUGCGUAACCUUGAUGAUGAGCUCCAUGCACUGAUAGCUGGUUUCCUGGCUGGAACCUCAAUGUUCUUCUACAAAAGUACAACGAUAUCCAUGUAUCUGUUCUCCAAGUUGGUGGAAACCAUGUACUUCAAGGGCAUAGAGGCAGGCCGGUUCCCUUACUUCCCCCACGCAGACACUGUCCUAUAUGCCAUCUCUACUGCCAUCUGUUUUCAGGCUGCUGUGAUGGAAGUUCAGAACCUCAGGCCUUCCUACUGGAAGUUCCUUCUGCGGUUAACCAAGGGCAGGUUUGCGCUCAUGAACCGACAGUUGCUAGAUGUGUUUGGGACCCAGGCCUCCAGGGAUUUCAAAGGCUUCGUGCCCACCCUGGACCCGCGGUACACUACAGCGCUAACUGAAACGGUGCUUCCACAAGGAGCUGACGCCUUGCUCGGCUGA